AUGGAUGUUUUUUUGCAGUUGAAUUCGAUGGAGCUGGUGAAACAAGAUGGGAAUGAUUCUCUUGAUAUGCUUAUCAGACGCGCGGUUGGAAAAGAUCCUUUUCUUUCCUUCCCUAGGCCUGAUAACAAUUCAGUUCAGCUCUUUCAACUCCUCCAUAACUUAGAGCGUCCAGGGUGGCCAUUGCUGGCUCCUUUGAAGAUAGAACUGCUCAAGUGUAAAAAGUGCACCAGGGAGUUCUUCUCUCCUGUGAACCAUAGAAGGCAUAGCCGUAUUCAUCGGCCUUCAAGAAAGCCUGAAAAGGAUUCCAACAAAGAGAGGGAUGCGCUGGGAGCAUUUUGGGAUAAGCUCUCUGUACUUGAUGCAAACGAGAUUCUCUCACUAAAGGGCAUGAUGCUGGAGGAUGUUGCUGGGGAAUCAGUCGAGUCAGGACUAAUGUCACUUAUCGAAAAACCAGGAUAUACUGCUCUGCCACAAUAUUAUCUAAGAGCUGGUUCUGACCUUUUGGAUAUUAUUCAGGCUAGAACACCUAGGUUUCCAAUUUCUUCGCAGAAACUCUUUAGCAUUCUCGAUGAAGCAAGUGAAAAAACUUUCCUGUGUAAUGAGGCUGCACCAAUGCAAAAAUACAUAUUUGACGGUGAAAUUGGAAAAAAUGUGCUGGAGGCAAAAAAUGUCGUUGCUUGCGCAAGCUUUCUUCUGGAACAGCGAUUGAUUAAAGCAUGGCUUGCUAACAAAGAUGCGGAAGCCCUGAGGUGCCAAAAUUUACUGGUUGAAGAGGAAGAGGCUGCUCAAAGAAGACAAGCUGAGCUCUUGGAGAGGAAGAAAAGGAAGAAGCUAAGACAGAAAGAACAAAGAGUAAAGGACCAGAAAAAAGAUGCUAAGGAAGACGAGAGUACCACAUCAGAAGAACAACAUUCCCCAGCUGAGUCAUCAAUCCCAUUAUCUGUAGCUUCAGAUUCCGAGGCACAGAGAUCAGAUUCCAUACCAACUGAGGAUUCUUCAUCCCUCGAGGAGCCUCAAGUUUUGGAAAUGGACAGGAACGGUGAAACUCAAGCACUAAUGGUUGAUGAUGAUGGCUUUGGUAAUGGCCAAAACAUGGAAAGGCGAAGUGGCCGAAGGCAGAUGGAGAAAAGAUCACACCAGGGGUUUCUCGGUAAUCUCGCCCCAAAACUUGGAGGCAUCCGAAAGAAUGGAACUAACCGAGACGGAAGAGGGAAUACUACCAAAGUUUGGAGCCGAAAAGCAAAUAACCCCAAAUCCAUAUCACCAGACGCAGCAGUGAAUGAACCGGAUGAAGCAAAGAACAGUGAGGUUCUUCUGAUUGGAUCUGUAAGUGUAACAAUCCCAAACACCGGAGAACAUAACCAAACAAAAUGCAGUGAAAAGGAGCGAAGAACGAAGACUGUUGAGGCGAAAGCCACUUCUGAGCAAUCAACUGAAAAGGUAUGGAGGCCAGUGAGCAGUCAGGGAAAGAUCGAUGAAAACACAGACAAAAAGGAUAAGAACUCAAGCUUAACCGUACCUGAAGUUAAAACAGCUCAUAACAUAAGCUUGGACGAAGCGAAGGCGUUUCUUGCAAAGAGAUGGAAAGAGGCAACCUCUGGAGAACACGUGACGUUGGUUCUGUCUCAGGAAACAGACGUAUCGGGUAACAACAACACUCACGAAUCCUCAAAUGGUGUUAUAACCGCCGCAAGACCAAAGCACAGGAAGAAACCCGAAAAGGACACGAAGGUAAUGUAUGUUCCAAAACAGAGGUAA